CUUUGAACUUGCUUUAAUGGUGGAUGUGUUGUCGCAACACGUUUACGACGUUUACGUGUAACGAACAAAAAUUAUUUUGGCUUUUGGCUUUCGGUUUACGGUUUAUGGUUUACGGUUGCUACGAGCGAAGUUUUCGGUUUGUCUUCAGUGUAAAAUUCACGUACGAACUACAGAGUUUGUUGAGCGUUACAUGUACGAUAGGAAUAUUAUGUGAAAAGUUGUGCAUGAGCGUGGCACAUGAGAAAAACUUCAGCCGACAAUUGCACUCACGCGUUUCACGUUGUUAAGCGGUAAAGGUAGAGGUAAAGGAUUUAAGUGGUGAUUGUGCGACGGUAAUUUCGCAUCGUGAACUGAUUUCAUAUAAAACGAGCAUUUGUUAUUGUUUUUCCGUUUAUUGAUAUUUUUAUUGUUGAACGCGUCGCGCGAACUAUUUACGCUCCAAUAGAUCAUCCGUUCUGCGCCCAAGUUCUGCAUACGGAAUUCAGCCUUUGACGAUUGACAUUUGCACACCAAACGAAUUUAUUUAUUUGUUUUUCGUUCUUCGUUUUUCGUUUUUCGUUUUUGCUUUAAAAUUUGAUGGAAAAAAUUCUAAAAUAAAUCCAAAAAUUUAAAUUCUUUCGUCUGUGGUUUUUGUUUUGUUUUUAUUUCAAUCUUCAGUAAUCUUCAGUAUCUUCAGUAUCUGCACGUGCUUAAUGUGCAGACAUUUAAAGUGUUUUAAAUCAACUAAAAUAAUAACAGAUUAAAAUACGGAAUAAUCUGAUUAAGAAUAAAAAUAUUUCGCAGCAAUUAAGUUUACCAAAAACCCAGUGAAAUUAAAUAUUUUUUUGAUAUUUACUUGAAUGCAGUUGAAAGUGUCUACGUAACAGAAAGCGAAACCUUAAAAUGUUUUAAAAAGGAACUGAAACCCAAAAUUGGAUAACCAUAAGCUCAAAAAGCAAAAUCACCAAAGAUUUAAAACAUGAAUUUGUACAUAUAAAAAAAUAAAUUAAAAAGAGAAUUAAGAAUUGCAUAUCCAUUCUGUAUAAUUAUUCAAAAGUGAACAAAGAAAUAAAAAACUAACACAAAAUGCUCCAUCAUCCCGCCACUGAUUUUUAUGACUUAGCCGCUGCAAAUGCGGCUGUACUGAACGCACGACAAACGCCUCCCUACAGUCCAACUAGUCUGAGUAGUUCCAGUUUAACAAAUAACAAUAACAGCUUAAGCAGUAAUAACAAUCUGGAUAUGUUGGGACACAACGGCGCCGGUAGUGGCGUCUCCAAUAACAACAAUAACGUCCACAUGGGCAGCAAUAGUGGAAGUAGCAAUGGCGCCGGCGGACGUGAAUCUUUGCCUAGCUUUGGAUUUACACAGGAGCAAGUGGCUUGCGUUUGUGAGGUCCUGCAACAAGCUGGUAACAUUGAAAGACUGGGUCGAUUUUUAUGGUCAUUGCCACAAUGUGAUAAACUGCAAUUAAACGAGUCUGUGCUGAAAGCAAAAGCCGUUGUUGCAUUCCAUCGCGGACAAUACAAGGAUCUGUAUCGUCUGUUGGAACUUCAUCAAUUCUCACCGCACAAUCAUACCAAACUUCAAAGCCUCUGGUUAAAAGCGCAUUAUGUAGAAGCCGAAAAACUGCGCGGAAGACCGUUAGGUGCUGUUGGUAAAUAUCGAGUACGUCGUAAAUUUCCACUGCCGCGCACAAUUUGGGACGGUGAAGAGACGAGUUACUGCUUUAAGGAAAAAUCUCGAUCAGUAUUAAGAGACUGGUACGCACAUAACCCAUAUCCAUCGCCACGUGAAAAACGUGAACUAGCAGAGGCUACCGGACUGACAACUACACAAGUAAGUGUUUUUAUGAAGUAA